ACUGUGUCAGCGUCAGCAGCAAUCAAACGCAAAUAGCGUACAGCAGCCAUUCCUACUCCACAAGUAAACGGUUACAUAGGCUAAGGAAGAUUAUCGUCGUGCAAAUAGCACACUUAUUUCGAAAACCAGCUGCUAAGUUUGGAGAUACUUAAGCGAGCAUGAGUCUGCACAGGGAACGACUGCGCAAACACAAGUUCACAGACGCAGAGCUGGACAUCCUCUUAGAGGAGGUCACCAGGCACGAGGACGCGCUGUUUGGCCUUCAGGGAAACUGCCUGGCCACGCGGGAGAAGUACAAGAUCUGGUUCGAGAUCACGGAGAGGGUCUGCUCCGCCUCAGGCAUCCAGCGCAGCAUAAACGACGUGAAGCGGCGCUGGCAGGAUCUGAAGCGGCGGACGAAGGCGAAGGUUGUGGACGCGCGACGGCACGUCCCUCGUGACAGCUCCCCUUCCCCUCUGAACCAGCUCCCGGACGAGAGGAAAGUCUUCGACUCCUUCAGCAUUCACACUGUUAUAAAAGACGAGGAGCAAAACUCCACGGCUUGUAACCUUCCUGAAGACUUAUUUCUUGAUACAGAUUCAGUAUCACCAGAAACAUCUCUACCAUCUGUUGAACCAGAGCAAACUCAGUUAAAAGAUCAGCCCUAUGAGGAAACUCCACCCGUCUCUGUCCUUCCAGUACCUCACACUGAGAUCAAUGUCUGUUCUUCUACUCCCGUGUCUAUUCCACACCCUAAUGUCAGCAUUAAAGCUGAAGUUCACAGAAGAUGUCUCAUUGGCAGCAGAUCAGAGAACUUGCACAAAGACGAUUCCCAUACCAGUAGCAGGGUGGUGACUUCCUGUCCUGGUUUGCGAGUUCCUGUCAGGGCCCAGGCUGUGCCCUGCCCCCGCAGGCCGGCGGCCCUGGGCUCCUUCGAGCAGCAGCUACUGCGCGCGCACCGGGAGCACACGGCCGCCUUGCGCGAGGGCUUCCGCUCGCUGACGCGGCAGAACCGGCUGCUCUACCGCGAGAUGUGCGAGACCAACAAGAACGUGGCCCGCAUCGCGUCCCGCUUGGCGGAGAAGAACGACAGCGUGUCGGACGUGGCCGAGGAGCUGAUGGGCAUCCAGCACAAGAUCACCGAGAGCAUCGAUGCCACCAACUGCCUGCAGGACCGCGUGAUCGACCUCAUGGCCUCGUACCAGGAGCGCCCGCUCAUCGUUAUGCCCAGCGGCCGGAGGGACGGCAGGCCAGUGGAGGAAGAUAACUCCCGAGUGCAAAGCUGACCAUUAAUUAUUUAUAUAUCAAAUAUAAACACUAUAAUACGCCUAUAUAUACUCUAUAGACUACUGUAUUCUGUGGAACCCCAA